AUGGAUGUUGAGACUUGGUGGAACUCUACCUAUCAAAUAUUAGAGGUAACUUUGAAGCAUUGCAAAGCAUUUGAGUUGCUUGCUUUGAAAGAUAAUACCUAUAUAGGAGAGAUGAAUGAAGGAAAAGGGAGAGGUGUUCCUUCUGAUUCAGACUGGGAGUAUGCUGAGUACGUUGAAGUAUUUGCAAUUGGACAAUUUAUUCGUCAUUCUUGUGAUUUUGUUGAUUUUAAUACUAUGUCAAUGGCAGAAAGGAUAAGGGUUAAGUAUGAGAAGUAUUGGGAAAAUCCUGAUUCGGUGAAUAUGUUGUUAUUGAUUACUAUCGUACUUAAUCCAAUGCAAAAGAUUGAGUAUGUCAAUUAUUUCGUGGAUUACUUCUUUGGAGAAGAAAAAGGAGGCGAAUUGAAGUCAAAGUUGUCCAAGUGCAUAAAGUUACUUCAUCAGCAAUACCAAAGUUCUGAGGAAGCAAGUGAAGCUGAUACGCAAAAUGUUCAAGCCAACAACAUUAAUACUGAUCUUCAUGGUAUGGGCUUUUUUCUGCAAGCAACCGGUCGCAGAACAAAUACAAGAUCUGAACUUGAUAGAUAUUUACAAGAAGAAUGCGAGCCAUACUCUCAUAAGUUCGAUAUACUAAACUGGUGGAAGGUCAACUCAACCCGAUUUCCAAUUCUUGGAAAUAUGGCUCGUGAGGUAUUGGCUAUACAUGUUUCUACGAUAGUUUUGGAGUCUGCAUUUAGUACUGGAGGAAGAGUCCUCAAUCCAUACCGCAGUUCCUUAACACCUAGAAUGGUAGAAGCCUUAGUCUGCACAGGAGAUUGGCUUAAGGAAGAUCUUUUCUCUGCUUUAGAUGAUGAUGGUGAAGUUCUUCAACAAGUUGAUCAAGAUAUAUUUUCCUUUAAUGAUGGUGCUUGUUCUAUGGCGGCAUCAAUUGAUAAUCUUGAUGAUGACUAG